UGCUUUAUCAUGUCCAGCACCAGUUCCUCUGUUGCAUUGCUUGCUUUGGCUCUUCCUUCGCUCUCGCAGCAGAGUCCUCCUCAAUUGCGAACACGAAUCGAGUCGAAUCGAGCUCCAUCUUCUGGUUAAGGAUAAGUGCGGGCGCACCAUUUUAGAAGCCUGGAGCGAGGUGGAUUGUCAUAUCAGUGGCAAGGUUAAGUGAAUUGGUAGACUGUUUUACAAGCUGCAUUCGGGAGUCGGACGGCGGUUGAGGCAGAUUGGUGCGAUCGGAUAAGAGUUGGGAGUGUUUUUGCUUGCGGUAGUGUGAGCGAGGACUAUAGAGCAAUCGGAUCGCCGUUUUUGAUUUGAGAGCGAGAGAAAGGAGUUCUAUUGUGCAACGGACAGUGGGAGUCGAGGAAGGCAAUUGGCUGUUGUUUACUAGGGGAGACGGAGGCGUCACUUCGAUACAUCGAGUUGUUUGGGGUGGGGAAGAUCGAAGGAGGGAAGGGUGCGCAUUGAGUGUUGAUUGUAUGAGGUAGUGGAGGAAGUGCCAACCGCGCGGCCUCGCGCGGUAGAUUCAUUACGGCUAAAUCAAGUCUCUUCUCGUGGGGUAGAAGGAAGGUAGCCGAAAUGGCUGUUGUCGCUGUCAGAAUGGAGUCUCUUUUGGGACCGUUGGUGAAUGGCGAGCAGUUCCGACAUGGUUACAGCAACGUUGGGGCGCAUUCUCGCCAGCCCGUGGUCGCGGCACACACUGGCUGCUCAGACUCUGAUUCUGAGGAUGAUGUCGAGGGCCCCACCGAAGACCUUGUGCAAGGUUGGAAACGCUUUACAGGAGCGGAGCACCAUGGUUGUGCACACUACAAGAGGGGAUGUAAAAUUCGUGCUCCCUGCUGCAAUGAAGUCUUCGAUUGUCGGCAUUGUCACAAUGACGCAAAGAGUGUCAAUGAGAAGGAUGAUACACAACGCCACGAGAUUGAUCGGCGCCUCGUGGAAAAGGUUAUCUGUUCCUUGUGCGAUCACGAGCAAGAUGUGCAACAAGUUUGUGAAAAUUGUGGCGUCUGUAUGGGCGAGUAUUUUUGCUCCAAGUGCAAGUUCUUUGACGAUGAUACUUCGAAACGGCAAUUUCAUUGCGACAAAUGUGGGAUUUGCAGAAUUGGUGGACGCGAUAAUUUUUUCCAUUGCGAUCGUUGUGGAUGCUGCUACUCAGUCGAAUUACGUGAGAGACACACGUGUGUUGAGAAAUCUAUGCAUCAAGACUGCGCAAUCUGUAUGGAGUACUUGUUCGACUCAUUGAUGGACAUUACAGUCUUACCAUGCGGCCACACUUUACACUUGGAAUGCCUACAAGAGAUGUACAAACAUUAUCAGUACAAUUGUCCUCUUUGCAACAAGUCAGUAUGUGAUAUGUCUAGCGUGUGGAAGGAGAUUGACCUAGAAAUUGCAUCGAUUCAGAUGCCUGAAAAUCAAAGUAGAAUGGUAUGGAUCUUAUGUAAUGACUGUGGAGCUAAAAAUGAAGUGCGAUAUCAUGUUGUCGGACAGAAGUGUGGCACUUGUCCAUCUUACAACACUCGUCUUACUGAGUCUCCUGCCUCACGUACCCCGUCUUAACCUUGAAGACGUUUACUCAGCUGCCAUGACCUCUAUUACGUCUCAAAUGUACACUGUAGCCUCUUGGUGAAUCAUUUGGCUAGAUUGCAACCCUUCUCCUUGCAACUCAAAGAACAGCUGAAUCACGGAGCAAUGUGAAGUGGUGGGAUCCCUGGAUACAAUUUGUUGCCUUAUAACCAGGCAACCAUUUCACCGCUUCCCCUCAAUAUCUAAAUCAGGUCGUAGGUUUCGUUGACCACCAGGAGGGGAUGUUUUGAAGUGAAGUUUUAGCAAUUUCUGAGGAUUUUUAUGAAACUCGGAAAUUUUUACUAAACAAGAAUUCAUGGAUCCUUUUUUUUUUUUU